GGGUACGCGUGUUACGGAUGUACUUGGAUUCAGCUAUGCUGCUGGCCAAGCGCCUUUGCUGCUGGUUACUGUUUAACUCUAGUCUGCCCCAUGCACUUAGGGCAGAAAGACAAACAAAUUGGGGAAAGUCCCAGGACUAGGCCUUCACUUGAGCUUCUGCGAGCAGCUGUAUCUGAGCAUUUCGGUGGUUGAAUAGGUCAGAUUGAGUACCCCCAUGGCCUGAAGGGUGCUGCUGGGGCAGACCCAAGGAAGGAAUUGCUUUACCACCUCUGCUGUUGCUGUAGGCCCCUCUUCCAGGUCAGACAUGGAAAAGGAGUGUCUGCGCCCUUCUCUCGCGUGGAGUACAUCACCAGGACGCAGCAUUUGUCGGAAGAGUCUGUGAAACCCUCUCUCUACCCAGAGCUCCAGGACCAAUGCAUCUUUCCAUCGCCCUAAACCACUGGUGAAUAGCAAGUGCCGAGCCCCAGUUGCAAAAGACUUGUCCUGUCACCACCAUGAGCUCUGAAUGUGACGUUGGCUCUUCUAAAGCCGUGGUGAACGGGUUGGCACCAGGCAGCAAUGGGCAAGACAAAGCAACCACCGACCCCUCACGCGCACGCUCUAUUUCUGCUGUUAAAAUAAUUCCUGUGAAGACAGUGAAAAGCUCUCCAGGCCUAGUACUCCCUCCAGACAUGGAUCCUACAAAAGUCUGCACUGGGAAGGGAGCCGUGACUCUCCGGGCCUCAUCCUCCUACAGGGACACCCCAAGCAGUAGCCCUGUGAGCCCUCAGGAAAGCCCACAAUACGAAAGCAAACCAGUGCUGGAGUCAGAGAAUCUCCCAGCAGAUGAGUGGCGGCUUUCUUCCAGUGCUGAUGCCAAUGGAAACGCCCAGCCCUCUUCACUCGCUGCCAAGGGCUACAGAAGCGUGCACCCCAACCUUCCUUCCGACAAGCCCCAGGACGCCACUUCCUCCAGCCCAGCCCAGCCUGAGGUCAUAGUUGUCCCUCUCUACCUGGUUAAUACUGACAGAGGGCAAGAAGGCACUGCCAGACCUCCAGCACCUCGGGGGCCACUGGGCCCCCCAGUCCCGGCGGCCGCCCCUGCCGGCUCACCUCUGACCUUCCCGACUCUAGAUGAUUUCAUUCCCCCUCAUCUGCAGAGGCGGCCCCACCACAGCCCGCCAGCCAGCGCUCCGGGCCCCCACCCCCCCGUUAGCCAGACACCACCAUCCUUCUCACCACCGCCUCCGCUGGUCCCCCCAGUCCCGGAGGGCCUGCACAGCGUCUCGGAGCCUGACCUCACGGGAGCUGUUUCAAGUACCGAUUCAAGCCCUCUGCUAAAUGAAGUUUCUUCAUCUCCUGUUAGAACUGAUUCCCAAACCUUUGCACCCGUCAGCAAGCCAUCCUCUGCCUACCCCUCCACGACCAUUGUCAAUCCCACUAUUGUGCUCUUGCAACACAACCGAGAACAGCAGAAACGACUCAGUAGCCUGUCAGAUCCUGUGUCAGAAAGAAGAGUGGGAGAACGGGACUUGGCAACAACCCAGGAAAAAUCCACCUCUCCUGGCAGGUCCACUGACAAAAAGGCCAAGGAUGACAGCAGGCGGGUGGCUAAGAGCACUCAGGACCUGAGCGAUGUGUCCAUGGAUGAAGUGGGCAUCCCACUCCGGAACACCGAGAGAUCCAAAGACUGGUACAAGACCAUGUUUAAGCAGAUCCACAAGCUAAACAGAGACACUCCUGAAGAAAACCCUUAUUUCCCUACGUACAAAUUCCCUGAACUUCCUGAAAUCCAGCACAAUUCUGAAGAAGACAGUCCUUACACUCCUACCUACCAGUUUCCUGCAUCUACUCCUAGUCCUAAAUCUGAAGAUGAUGAUUCAGAUCUGUACUCUCCUCGAUACUCCUUUUCUGAAGACACAAAAUCUCCCCUCUCUGUGCCUCGCUCAAAGAGUGAGAUGAGCUACAUUGACGGUGAGAAGGUAGUUAAGCGGUCGGCCACACUUCCCCUCCCGGCCCGCUCUUCCUCACUGAAAUCAAGCCCAGAAAGAAACGACUGGGAGCCCCCAGAUAAGAAAGUGGAUACAAGGAAAUACCGUGCAGAGCCCAAAAGCAUAUACGAGUAUCAGCCGGGCAGGUCUUCCGUUCUGAACAACGAAAAGAUGAGUCGGGAUAUAAGCCCAGAAGAGAUAGAUUUAAAGAAUGAACCUUGGUAUAAAUUCUUUUCGGAAUUGGAGUUUGGGAAACCGCCUCCCAAAAAGAUAUGGGAUUAUACUCCUGGAGACUGCUCUAUCCUUCCUAGAGAGGAUAGAAAGACUAACCUAGAAACAGAGCCCAACCUCUGCCGCACAGAGUUAGAGGCAGAUGUAGGAAAAACGGAGACGCUUAGUAAAGCAGCCCGUGCAGACCUGGCGCAGAGCUCAGCAGUCAGCCCCACUCCGGAAAUGUCUUCAGAGCCUCCUGGAUAUAUAUAUUCUUCCAACUUCCACGCAGUGAAGAGGGAAUCCGAUGGGGCUCCCGGCGACCUCGGGAGCCUGGAGAAUGAGAGGCAGAUUUAUAAAAGCGUCCUGGAAGGUGGAGACAUCCCUCUCCAGGGCCUCAGUGGGCUCAAGCGCCCGUCCAGCUCGGCCUCCACGAAAGUGGAUCGUAAAGGUGGGAAUGCUCACAUGAUUUCUUCAUCUUCAGUUCAUAGCCGAACGGUUAACACUAGCAAUGCCUUAGGCCCUGUGUGUAAGCACAAGAAACCCCUGUCUGCUGCAAAAGCCUGCAUUUCAGAAAUCCUCCCCUCCAAGUUCAAGCCCAGGCUCUCCGCUCCCAGCGCUCUUUUGCAGGAACAGAAGAGUGUCCUGUUGCCAUCAGAAAAGGCUCAGAGCUGUGAGAACCUUUGUGUUUCCGUUUCUUUGAACGGUUCCAAGAGAGGGCUCCCCCUCCAGGUGGGUGGGAGCAUCGAGAACCUGCUCAUGCGCUCCCGGCGGGAUUACGACAGCAAGUCGAGCAGCACCCUGAGCCUGCAGGAGUACGGCUCCAGCACCAGGAGGCCCUGCCCGCUCUCGAGGAAGGCGGGGAUGCAGUUCACCAUGCUCUACCGGGACAUGCACCAGAUCAACCGAGCCGGCCUCUUCCUGGGCUCUGCCUCCUCCUCCAGCGUGCGGGACCUCGCCUCCCAUUUCGAGAGGAACAGCCUGGCCCUGGCCAGGGGCGAGCUGGGCCCCAGCCAGGAGGGCUCGGAGCACAUCCCCAAGCACACCGUCUCCUCCCGCAUCACGGCCUUUGAGCAGCUGAUCCAGCGGUCACGGUCCAUGCCAUCCCUGGACCUGUCGGGCAGGCUGAGCAAGUCCCCCACGCCCGUGCUGUCCCGGAGCGGCCUGACCGCAGCCCGCUCCGCCGAGUCCCUCCUGGAGUCCACCAAGCUCCGGCCCCGGGAGGUGGACGGGAUGAACCCCGGGGGGGUCUAUGCCUCCCCCACGUGCAGCCGCAUGGUGGACUCCCCCUUGGGGUUCAGGGGCCUGGCGCCCUCUGAGCCCCUCUCCACCUGCUCCGACGAGCUUGACCACUGCUCCAACGUCUCCAGUGACAGCAGAGAGGGCAGCGGCGGCAGCGUUCACGGAGACUUCCCCAAACACCGCCUCAACAAGUGCAAGGGCACCUGCCCGGCCUCCUACACCCGCUUCACCACCAUCCGCAAGCACGAGCAGCAGGCCUCCCGGCAGCCCGACUGGCGCCCAGACUGCAGAGGGGACCGCAGCGCGCUCCUCAGGAACAUCUACCUGAUGAGCCCCCUCCCCUUCCGGCUGAAAAAGCCCCUCCAGCACCACCCCAGGCAGCCUGCCCCUGGGGACUUCUCGGGCCCCCCGGCGGGCCGGAAGCCAGACCUCCCUGGUCAGCCCCAGCAGGACGAGCCCCGCGCCGGGGGGAAGCCCUUGGUGCCCAAGCGCCUGUCUUCCCGACACACCAUGGCCAGGUUGGGCCGGACCACAGAGCCCCCUCAGGAGAGACCCGCGGUCCCAGAGGACUGCCCGGGGGCCUUUGAUAAUGGGAACCCUGUGCCGUACUCAGACCACAGCCUGGACAGAAACAACAACCCACCCAGUGAACUGGGACCAUCCCACGGAGAUUCAGAAUCACCAAGACAUUUUAUACCAGCUGACUACUUGGAAUCCACAGAAGAAUUCAUCCGAAGGCGUCAUGAUGAUAAAGAAAAACUUUUAGCGGACCAGCGACGACUUAAGCGCGAGCAAGAAGAGGCCGAUAUUGCAGCUCGGCGCCACACGGGCGUCAUUCCAACGCACCAUCAGUUUAUCACUAAUGAGCGCUUUGGGGACCUCCUCAAUAUAGACGAUACGGCAAAAAGGAAAUCUGGGUCAGAGAUGAGACCUGCCAGAGCCAAAUUUGACUUUAAAGCUCAGACACUGAAGGAGCUUCCUCUGCAAAAGGGAGACAUUGUUUACAUUUAUAAGCAGAUCGACCAGAACUGGUACGAAGGCGAGCACCACGGCCGGGUGGGCAUCUUCCCGCGCACCUACAUCGAGCUUCUUCCUCCUGCGGAGAAGGCUCAGCCCAAAAAGUUGACACCGGUGCAGAUCUUGGAAUACGGAGAAGCUAUCGCAAAGUUCAACUUCAAUGGGGAUACGCAAGUGGAAAUGUCCUUCAGGAAGGGUGAGAGGAUCACGCUGCUCCGACAGGUGGACGAGAACUGGUACGAAGGGAGGAUCCCGGGGACGACCCGGCAAGGCAUCUUCCCCAUCACCUACGUGGACGUGAUCAAAAGGCCACUGGUGAAAAACCGGGUGGAUUACAUCGACCUGCCUUACUCCUCCCCAAGUCGUAGUGCCACCGCGAGCCCACAGUUUCCCAGUCACAGCAAGCUCAUCCUGCCAGCCCCCUCAUCUCUGCCUCACCCCCACCGAGCCCUGUCCCCUGAGAUGCAGGCUGUCACCUCGGAGUGGAUCUCACUGACGGUGGGGGUCCCAGGCCGGCGUCCUCUGGCCCUGACCCCACCUCUGCCUCCUCUGCCAGAGGCGUCUGUCUAUUACACUGACCACCUUGCCUUUUUGACAAGGCCUAGUCCCUCCCUGUCCCUCAGCCUCCCCCAUUCGAGCUGGUUGGGUCGUUCCACCCCCCACUCGAUUGUCUCCCCACUGGCCCUCCCUGCCCCCCACCGAGCCUACUCCCCGGUGCCUGGUGCCCAGACCUCCCUUCAAGUCAACGGAGACAGUGGCAGCCACAGGCCCCCUCCAGGCUUCCCGCAGGGCAGCUUCUCCCAGCCUCUGCUUGGGAGCCCUGAUAGAGUCAUCUCGGAGCUUAGCAACGCCUUUAGCAGCCAGGGCCCGUGGCGAGAAGAAAGCAGACAGUACGAAAGGAAAGCAGAGAGGGAGGCAGGUGAGAGAUGCCUGGGCGGACCCACGAUCUCUAAGAAGAGCUGCUUGAAACCUUCAGACGUGGUCAGGUGCCUGAGCACCGAACAGAGACUCUCAGACCUCCGCACCCCCGAGGAGAGCCAGCCCAGCCAGGCCCUGGGCAGCCCUUUCCCGGGACGGGAGGCUGAGCAGACAGAGCCGCGUAGAGGUGGCGAGCAGGCUGAGCGGAAGGCUGCUCGGAGUGGUGUGCGCCAGCAACCUCAAGCCCAGCAGCGAAGAGUCACCCCAGACAGGAGUCAAGCCUCACAAGAUUUAUUUAGCUACCAAGCAUUAUAUAGCUAUAUACCACAGAACGAUGAUGAGUUGGAACUCCGAGAUGGAGAUAUUGUUGAUGUCAUGGAAAAGUGUGAUGAUGGAUGGUUUGUUGGUACUUCAAGAAGGACCAGGCAGUUUGGCACUUUUCCAGGCAACUAUGUAAAGCCUUUGUAUCUGUAAGAAGACUGAAAACCGCAGAGAUGAUUUUUGCCGGAGGAUGAAGCAUAACCCAUGAACUGGUCUCUUUAUUUGAAAGUGGAGUCAGUAGGAAAAGUAAUACAGUGGAUAAAGAACGAAGCAAAAGAGUGGGACAGAGAAGUGUGUUGUGUGUAAAACCCGGGCCUGUCUCAGCUCACCGUGCAUCAGACAGGCCCGAACCAUGCGCUGAGCAGAAAGGAAUGAGGCAAAUCUGUAUUUAUUUAGCUGCUUCUGGGAGCCUCUCCAGCCCUCCCCUCCGCUCCCCGUCUGAGGUAAUCUGACCUGUGGCCACAGAAACGCCUCCUGCUGCUGCCUCCCUGACCUGCCUGGAGCGGCCCUCAGAGCCCUGGCAGGUCCCCAGCCAUUCUCCAAAGGCUCCACACAGACCCCGCCCCACCCCAGCCACCCGAGCCCGCAGACCCCCCAGCACCAUCAGCGCCGCUGGAGAUCAGUCUGGGCUGAGGUCAUCCCUAGACGGUGGUGGAGGCCCCUCGCUGGACCUGCUGAGGUUAGUGGGGAAAUGGAGGCGAACCUUCGGCGCCUGAGCGUGCACACCCAGCCUGCGGCAUUGCCACUGCCCCCUGGGGUCAGACAGAAAAGCACGGAGGUUUGCCCGUGGGAGCAGGUGGCCAGGCAGACAGUGAAAUGUGUGUGUCCCAGUGACUUAGGUCAGGAAGCCCUGUGGCUCCUGAGGUCAUAUGCCGUGUGCUCCUUUCCCGGAUCAUUGGCUUCCACAAAUGUUCCCUUUCAGGGCACAGUUUCAUUGAUCAGACGCCGUUGCUAAUCUUUCUCUUCUGGAUUGUUCUUGGCCAGGACAGUUUGGGAUUGAUAGGCCUGUUCUCAGGGAGAAAAGGAUGGUGAUGUUCAGUGAUUCAUUUAACACACUCUGAUAGACACUGGAUGCUGGGCACCAGCCAGCAGACUUACCGCAUCCCCAUAGGAGCUCAAGGGCCACUCAGAAUGUAGUCCCCGGGGCUGUGGGUCUUGGUGCACCCUGGCCAGGCUUCGCUUCAGAGCAGAGGUGCGGAUGCAGGGCCAGGUGUGAGGAAGUGAUUCUGCUGCUCCCAGGAGGCCGGAGCUCAGCGGGGAGGCCCCUGCGAUGCCUGGGUGUUCAGUCACAACUCUGUCCGAGUGCAGGAUGUUUGUCAGCCCUCUCUGUUAGACCCCUUGGAGAAUGAAAGAUAGGAAUGGCCCGUUCCCUGCCUGCGGGGACUCAGAGGUGAUUGGAGACACACACACACACACUCAGGAGAGACGGUGAAAUGUGCUAAGAAGGGUGUGAGAGAGGAAGAGAUGAAUUUCCCUGGAGGGAUCCUAGAAAGUAUUGUAUUUCUGUCUCUAUUAGCUGACUGUUGAACAACUAGGAUGCUGGGAGAACCUUUGCCUGAGGGUACUUUAUGACUGAAAAUACUUGGCGCUGUUUCCAAGUCUUCAGACUCUCACCCUCUCCACAAAUACACAUCCGGCCACAAGUAGGAGUAGCAAUUCCGAGUGCCAGAGUGUGUACAGGAGCCCUGGCUCUCUGCCUGUAGCUCAGAAGUGCCCAGUACCAUUGUCCGAAGGUCCGAGUCUUUAUAAGUAAGCAAAAAGUUUGUCUUCAGUGUCUCUGCCUCCACCUCUGUCUCCACUACUCAUCUUAGGAUCCCACCGGCUGCCCAUCCCCUAUCAGACAGCUACAGUGCCCUCACUUCUCUCCCUGUCCUCUUUUCCAAUCUUGCUGGCUGACUUCUUCACACUAAAGUGUAAAUGACUGAUACAGGACCUCUUCCCAGAGACAUUUGUUUUUAGGGCAGAGCAGAGCCUUAAUCCCAAGGGGAAAGAUUGUAGAACUAAUGGUGGGGUGGGGCGGGGUGGGGUGGGCGGAGGAGCCUCCUGGGCAGAAAUUCCUUAAAUAAGACUUGUAGCUUUGGAAGGUCCCCUCCACCGCCCAGGGCACUGUGAUUUGACUCUGAGGGAAUGAGUACCAGUGUGUGUGCACGUGCAUUUGCCCAGCAGCAUUUCACUAGUUUGGAAAUGUAAUUCUUGUAUUGGCUAAUGUGUUUCCUCAUCUUUCUUAGAUGCAAACCAUUAAUAUCAUGAUCUUACCUAAUAGUUUUUUGAGGGGUGCUUCUUGAUUCUGUAGGUAAUUGUGAACACCUCUUUAAAUACAGCUAGAAAAUAAAACCAAUUUGUAAAGCCACAUUUGCAUAUGAUGCCAACCUCGCGCAUUUGUGUAUCAACAGAAACCCAGAUAUGCCUCACCAAUUUGCCCGUCUUUAAUAAAAUCAUGUGUUCAAAUUUGCAUCAAACUUCAGCUUCCUAUGUAUGACAAGACAAGGAACAAAGGUUUCCAAUGCUCUUUUGUCUUCAGACAUUUAGUAUUAUAAAAUACCUAUUUUUAUGCUGAGAUGUUUAUACAGGUUUAUUAAUAGCAAGUGCAGCUAACUGGCGGCAUGCCUUGCAGACAGUUUUGAUAUAUUAGCCACGCUUCUGGGUAAAGGCAAGCCCCGAACCACUUCUCUUUUGCAGUCUCUCUGGGAUCAGUAAAAGAAAAAAACCAUAUGCUUAGGUGGGACUGUAAAUAUGUAUAUUUAACUUUGUAUAGCCCAUGUACCUACUUUGUAUAGAAAAAUAAUUUUAAAAAUUUCAGUUGAAGGGAGGUAAAAUAAGGAAGUCAUUAAGUUUUUUGCAUUUUUAUUUAAAUGAAGGAAUUCCAAAUAACUCACCGGCAGAUUUUAGCACAAAUACAGCCAUAGUAAAGUUAAAACUUUAGAUAAAUAAUCAUUAUUUCUGGGAGAGAAGGUAGUAACUAUAAUCUCAGUUACAGUUUUUUUGGUUUUGAGGUUGUUUUUGUUUUCUGUUUGGUUUCUUUUUUUUUGGCAGUUCUAUUUAUCUGAAGUAGUAUUAAGUCCUAUUGCUGGACUAGAUUACUACAAAAAAGAAAAAAAGGUUAUAUUCUGAAAGAAAAAUAACUGACAUUAUACAUAACCAAUUAAUUUAAAGUGUUGCCAUUUACGUUACACACCGAGAGCAUGUGCUGUGCAGACACAGGUUCUCCUGUUCAUUUAUUUUUCUUUAUUGCAGUGGGUUGAUAAAUAAAGGUGUGAAUUACUACAUUUGCUGUACAUAUCAUUUAAUAAACUUUAUUCAGAAUCA